UCAACUUCAGAAAACUCUAUGAUUUCAUUGGAGACAGAUGAUGAAAUAGAUUAUAGUAAUCAUGAUAUAGAUCCAAACAUUGAGUCCGACUUAUUGGAGCAACAGAUACCUGUACAAAAUCACUCAAAGUACCCUGAUCAAGACAGUCCAGAUAAUAUUUGGUUAUUGCCUUCUGGAAAACCGAUUGAUGAAGUAAUUCGUGGACCUGGAAAUCUGCAUAAAUCACACCCAUCAUGCCUUGGUAUCAUACGUAUUGGUUCAAAGAUUCGUAAACCAGAGUGGAUUGAACAAAAAGAUUGGAAUUAUUUACAAACUAGCAUUGAAUAUCCGAAUUAUAAACUGACUUCUAAUGUAGAAAACCUCGUUAAAGAAUUAUUAGAGACUAACUCGUUAAUGGAGUAUAAGCAAUGUGUUUGUAAAGCCAAGUUUAAAAAUGAGAACGAUAAGGUAAUGGAAUUUGUAACGGAUGUCUUUUUAUGGUUCACGAAAAAUGUAUUUAACCCUGCGUCGGCUUUCCAUAGCAAAAAUAAAAAUGAAGCACUCCUGGGUUCACUAAUGAUUCAUCCAAUGUUGCAGUACCUUACUAACACAACUGACCGCGUUAUAUAUGUGCCAGGCGAAAUUUAUCUAAAGGCUAGUGCAAAUCAGAGAUUAUUACGACGUAAUCUAAAACCUGACGAUGACAAGCCUCUAGGUAUGAAAAUAGACGGUUCAUUUCAUUCCCCCGGUGAAGAAGGCCUUGAAAUAGGCAUGGUGGAGCUUUCUGGUGGUUACUUAACCUCGGAUUUGCCAAGAUACUUAAAAGAUCAUGUGAAAGGAUAUUGGGGCUGUCGCGAUCUUCUAAAUGACAUAGUUAGGAAAUAUAAUCGCAGUGACUACAAAAUUUUUAGACGUUUACGCUCGUGGUUUUUCCAUAUACAUGGACUUGAGGUGCAAAUUUGGGGUAUGGAUUUACCCGUUUCAAAAUCCUACCGAAUGUUUCUCAUUGGUGCUUUUCGGCUCCCAAUUA